AAAAGCCCUAGGUUUAUGUACAAGUAAAACCAGUGUGCUUUGGAUUUGCGCCUCUCAGCUCUUCCUCUGCAGCAACUAUUUUGAUCUCUUUCUCUACGGAAUCAAAGUUUUGAUAAGAAAAGAUGGUCAGAGUUAGUGUGCUGAAUGAUGCUCUCAAAAGCAUGUACAAUGCUGAAAAGAGGGGAAAGCGCCAGGUCAUGAUUAGACCUUCAUCAAAAGUCAUCAUCAAGUUCCUCAUUGUUAUGCAGAAGCAUGGUUACAUUGGAGAAUUUGAGUACGUCGAUGAUCAUAGGUCAGGAAAGAUUGUCGUCGAACUGAAUGGAAGGCUAAACAAGUGUGGUGUUAUUAGUCCUCGCUUCGAUGUUGGUGUUAAGGAGAUUGAAGGAUGGACUGCUAGAUUGCUCCCUUCCCGACAGUUCGGGUACAUUGUGCUGACUACCUCAGCUGGUAUCAUGGACCAUGAGGAGGCUAGGAGAAAGAAUGUUGGUGGAAAAGUUCUUGGUUUCUUUUAUUGAGUCAUGUUGACAUGGAUGAAAAGUUUGGUUCUGCUGUUUGUUGCCUUUUAAUAUCCACCCUUUUGUUUUUUUUGCUCCCAUCAAAUUUAGUAGGGAUUUUAUUGAAAUUUUGAGACAAUUAUCAGAUUUUGUUGAAAAA